UGCUAGGGGCUGCUCAGUGCUUCUGCAGGAGAAGAACAGAGACUGAUAUGGAGCAGGGAAAGCGUCUGGCUGGCCUCAUCCUGGCUAUCGCUCUUCUUCAAGGUACUAUGGCCCAGCUGAAUGAAGUAAGAGUGGAUGACAAUAGAGAAGAUGGUUCAGUACUUCUGAUUUGUGACAUGAAGGACAAUAAUAUCACAUGGUUUAAAGACGGCGAGGCAGUAAGUCCUGGAAGCACAGAUAAAAAGACUUGGAAUCUUGGAAGUAGUACCAAGGACCCUCAAGGGAUGUAUCACUGUGCAGGAUUAAAGGAACGUUCAAAACGACUCCAAAUAUAUUAUAGAAUGUGUCAGAACUGCAUUGAGCUGAAUUCAGCCACUGUGUCCGGCUUUAUCUUCGCUGAAAUCAUCAGUAUUUUCUUCCUUGCUGUUGGGGUCUACUUCAUUGCUGGACAGGAAGGAGUUCGCCAGUCAAGAGCUUCAGACAAGCAGACACUGUUAUCCAAUGACCAGCUCUAUCAGCCCCUUAAGGAACGGGAAGAUGACCAAUACAGCCAUCUUCAAGGAAACAAUUCAAGGAAGAAUUGAGCCCAGGACUCAGGAUUUGCCUUUUCUGGAUAAAUGGAGUCAUACAAUACGCUGCUCUAGAUAUUCUCAUGCAAGUCUUCGUGUUUUCAUUUAUCUGAGUUGAUACCUAGGAGUGAAGAAUUGCUGGGUUGUAUGGUAAAUAUAUGUAUAACAUUUUAAGAAACUGCCAAAGUGAAUGAGGUUCCUGUUUCUCCACAUCCUCACAAAUAUCUGUUACUAUCUUUUUUAGUAUAGCCAUUCUAGUGGAUGUAAAAUAGUAUUGUGGCUUUAAUUUGCAUUCCCUAAUGACUAACAAUGUUGAACAUCUUUUCAUGUGCUUAGUAGCUAUUCUUAUCAUAUCUAUAAUGAAGCAUGUAUUCAAAACUUUUUUUAAACUGGGUUGUUUGUUUUUCUUUCUA